AUGUGCUGGGAAAGUACACAAAAAGUGCAACAUCUCUGCAAACGUUUAGAAGUGAAAGCCAAUUCUAUGCAGUAAGAUUUGGAUUUGUUAAAAACAGCCGUAAAAAGCCUACCAAAUUCAGAAGAUAUUGUCUUUGAUGCCCCAGAGCAAACCAAGUGGUUUACGGAAAGAGAAAAAGAAAUUGUAAAUAUUGAAAAGUGCCUGCCACUGAACGAACGCAGAGAAUUAAAAAUGGCAGCCAUUUGUGGUCUCGGGGGAUGUGGAAAGAGCACUCUAGCUUCUUACUUUGCUUGGAAACGUAAGCAAGAGUACGAAGGAGGUGUGUUUUGGUUCUCUAUGGAGGACGACAGAAAGUUUGAAAGCUCUGUAAGUGACCUCGCUCUGCGUUUAGGUAUUGAGGCAAAUUCAUUUGAUUUGACGCUGCCCAAACUUCUUAUGUGGAUCACCAAGCUGGAAAAACCUUGUUUGAUGGUUCUUGAUGAUGUCGACCAACUAAAAUUAUCCGAACAAAUGCACAUGAUUCUGUCUGGUCGGUGGAAAAGGCGAGCAUGCGGUCACAUCCUACUUACAACAAGACGUGAAUCAAGGGAAGUGUUUAAUUCGGUGGAUCUUGAACAAUCUUCCUGUGUUGAGGUCUUCUCCUUUUCAAAAGAAGAAGCCAAGAGGUUUCUUCGUGUCCGAUGUGGUGCCACCAGCACAGGAAAAGAGGUGGAGUAA